UGCUAGGGAACUUGAUGCCGUAAAGCUUCUGUCAAAAUUUUCGUUUUCAUUUCUCGGCCUAUGCCACUAGUAUAAAGAAACAUGGCGGGUUUAGAGGUGUUAUAUACCUGUGUCGCAGGUAGCAUCAGCUGCCCACAGGACGCCGUGGUGUGUUUCGUUCACUGGGAGAUGAUAAAAAGUGGGUACCGCUGUAUCGGCUCCGGAGACGAGCCUCGCAGCAGUGAUAAGAAGUCAGAGCUACUACCCGCUGACUGGAACAGCAGUAAGGAGUUAUACAGUCUGCGUUACAAAGCCGGCGACUCUGAGACACAGAUGCUGCUCAAAGCCAUCGCUGUUGACUCCACCUUGAUCUUCAACCUGAUGAACUCCAGCACUCAGCAGGUGACGGACUUGACGGUGAACAUUAGUGAUCACGUUGAUGCCGACCAGCUGAACACAUUCGACAGCGUCUUCAAAGACAAGGACAGUUUGUCAGAGAAGGUGAGGACUCAGCUUCUGCCCUCCCAGGACAGACCAACGGGACAGAGGGGAGAGAGGAAGAGUCGGAGGGAGGAGGAAGAGGAGGAGCAGAGAAGAAGAGGGGAGGACAGCGACCCCCUCCGCAUGCCCAGCAGACAUCCUCACCACGGGACACAGCCUCACUGGCCGGGUCCCAUGGUUCCUCCGUUCGCAGCUGGAGGAGCAGAUCUGGAUCCCUUCGGAACUCGUGGUGGUGGUGGGAUGAUAGUCGACCCGUUGAGGCAGGGGUAUCCUCGCUCUGGCUUUGACCCGUCUAGCGGUAUACCAGACAUCCUGCCUCCUGGAGCCGUCCCCCCGGGAGCUCGCUUCGACCCGUUUGGGCCCGUCGGACGCCACAGACCAGGGCCUGAUCCGGACCACAUGCCUCCCCCCGGCUAUGACGACAUGUUCAUGUAGGGUCCAGGAGUGUUUCCUGCUUUUCUAUUUCCUGAUUGCUUCCUGACAAUAGUCGCCGUCUUCACCUACCUGAGGGUUUGGUUUCACCCAGUUUAGUGGCCCUCAAGUUUUGAUUUUCUUCACUGUUCACAUGAAGAGAAGGGUUUCUCUUGGGAUUGUUAAUUUCAUCCAUCAGAUUUAAGAAGAAAAGAUGAUGUGCUAAUAAUACCUGAAUAUUUGUGAGUUUUGUUAUUUCUCAAACACUGAAGUGGUGAGGUGAAGUCAGGACUCGCUGCAGGGCUGGCAGGUUGCUGUGCAACAAACCAAAUAUAAAAGUGAAAACCCAUCUUCUCUCUGACUAAAUAAAGAGUGAGUCAUAUGUUCAGAUUCUCACCAUCGCCAUUAAACUGCAUCGGAAAGUCAAGAUUUAUUCAUCCAUUGAUUUCUUUUUUGUAAUUCUGUUGUGAGUGUAUUAAAAAGCUUAACAUAUGAUUCUUUAAACCUGUUUUUGUUUGGAUUGUUGUUGGUUGAAACAACACAGCUGAUUAAUUAGUUCAUGCCAAAAUAAAAACCUGACUUUA